UAUCGAACUGAACCAGGAGGCUUCAAAUGAUGGGACGGCAGCGCCGCAGAGACAUUCAGCGAGCAGUCUUCACACAGAGGAAGAACGACAGGAACCAGGAUGGAGAGACUGAGCGCACUCGUCUAUCUGACUUUACUUUGUGUGGCUUCAAGUGCGGCCAACAUCGUCGACCCCAGAGGAGCUCGUCCGGUGGAGCACGGCACCAGAUCUGAGAAAUGUGCCGCUCAGAAGGAGUGGCCUUUCUGCACAGAUGAUGACUGGGGCUCUAAAUGCCCCUCAGGCUGCAGAAUCCAGGGUCUGAUGGAUAAAUACGACCACACCCUGCUGAAGAAGAUCGAGAAGAUCCGCGCUUUCCUGGAUCAGAACAGGGCAAAGCACCGUUCUGCCGACCAGGUGUCCAAACAGACCUAUGACUACCUGAGGGACAAACUCGUUGUCGACUCUGGUUACGAUAACAACUACUACGACUUGGCCCAGAGUCUCCGUCAGAGAAUCACAGACAUGAAAAUCAAGAUCGACAGACAGCUGAGGAUCCUGGCCGCUCUGAAGGACCGGGUCAAAGACCAGGUGGUGGAGAUGCAGAGGCUGGAGGUGGACAUUGACAUUAAGCUCCGUUCCUGCAAAGGAUCCUGCAGCAGCUACUCCGAGUACCAAGUGGACAAGGAGAGCUACGUGGAACUGGACAAACAGAUUAACCAGCUGGACUCCCAGUCAGCUCAGAACAUCGAGACUGUGGGGACGCUGUACGUGAUGAAGAGCAGGCCGCUGCAGGAGGUGGUUGUGAGCAGCAUCUACAAAUCGGGUCUUGAUGGCGAAGUGGCUGCACAGCAGAAAGAGGACAUGUUCCCUGAGGUGAAGACCGUCCAGUUGAUUCUGGAGGAAGAAGGUUCCAGCUCCUCCCCAGCAACCAUCUCCAAGGUCCCAGGUACUUCCUACUCUGCAUCUACAUCCUCCUCCUCAUCAUCCUCCACUUCCUCCUCCUCCUCCUCUUCCUCCUCCCCUACAUCAUCUAAAUCCAUCACUGAGCUCGGAGGACGUGGCGACGGUGAUUUGUUUGGCGUAGGGUUUGAAGGCCUUGGCCACACCGGUACAAGCCACAUGUCCACCGUCUCCUGCACCAGGAGCACUCGGAGGACUAUUGUCCACACGAAGGACGGGCCAGUGGAGAGGGUGGAGGAGGUGAUAGGAGGGGGCCCUGAGUGCCAGGGCUCAACAGACCUCACCAAGGGAGGGCUGAGCUCAGUGUUCCCCAGCCUUAGCCACGCGUCCUCGUCCUCCUCUUCGUCCUCCUCUUCAUCUGUAACCUCCAAGACCGUCCAUGUCGGCGGCUCCAAGGGAAGUCUCACCGGAAAUUCCAAAACUGGUUUUGGGGAUCCGUUCGCUGAAGUUGGGUUCGACCUCGGUGCGUUCCAGACCGACAAUGCAGAGGAUGACGUUCCCGAUUUCCACGCCCGGAGUGUGAAGAGCGUGCGCGUCGAGCGACAGGCCGAUUAUGUAGGAAAAGACUGUGUCGAAGCCUACCAGAACCACCUGAAAGGGGAAACGAACGGCCUGUUUAAGAUCAAACCAGGCGGCACGGACUCCGCGGGGGUAGUGGAGGUUUACUGCCAGCAGGAGGGGCUAAUGGGCGGGUGGUUGUUAGUUCAGCAGAGGGAGAGCGGCCUUCUCAGCUUCAAUCGCUCCUGGGCAGAGUACCGUGACGGGUUUGGCUCGGUUGACGCUCAGGGCAAGGGGGAGAUUUGGCUGGGCAACCAGAACCUCCACCUGCUGACUAAUCAGAGUGAGACCAUGCUGAAGGUGGAGCUGGAAGACUGGGAAGGGGAAGUAGUAAGUGCUGAGUACACAAUCAGUGUUGGUUCGGAGGAAGAGGGGUACCGGCUGCACGUGUCCGGGUACAGUGGGGACGCCGGAGACGCCCUGGUGCCUGAUCCGUCCCACAGCGGGAUGAAAUUCAGCACCUUCGACAGAGAUAAUGAUAACUGGGCGGAGAGCUGUGCAGGGAUUUAUGGGAGUGGGUGGUGGUUCAACAGCUGCCAGGCCGCUAACUUAAAUGGGAUUUAUUACAAAGGCAAAUACGACCCGCGGGAAAACAAGCCGUACGAGGUGGAAAACGGAGUCGUGUGGGUGACGUAUAAACCGCCCAGUUACAGCAUGAAAACCACGAGGAUGUUUAUCCGACCGGCGGCGUUUUAAUGGGACGUGGAUCCUGGAGAAUCGUGGAAACUCUUCAAACUAUAUCGAAUUUACACUUUUAGAUGCGUCUACAAACAGGAAACAGUCAGAAAAUAACAGGAAUGAAGGCUGACUUCAUUCCUGUUAUUUUAAAAUGUUAAAGCUGAGGAUGAAUAAAUAUUUGAGGACUAAAGUCAGAGGCGGUUUCAGACCCGGUGAUCUGUUCGUAAAUCAUUCUGCGAUUUCAAAAUCAUGUCAAACACUGUCACACUUUGUCCACCUGCUGUGUAAACGGCCUCGACCUGUUUGUUAGGAUUUCCAAACCUCAUGUUCCCCCUGUUCCUGAACUCUGCUCGAUCAAUAAAGACUCAAUGUUCACUUCA